AUGGACCAACUCAAAAAGCUCACCCGCAAGGUAAAAGCAUCCAUCACCGAUAGCCCCCCCUCCUCCCCCGAAGAACCCCCUCGAUCCUUCUUCAACACAACCCCUCCCCCGCUCCUCCGACGCGUCUCCAACCGCCUCGCAACAGGUCUCAAAGACCUCACAGACCGCGGCCCCCCUUCCUCUCCCUCCUUCCGCCCUCCCCAGAACGAAUCCUCCUCAAGCCUAGUCCCCAUCAUCCGAAGCCUAUCCCGCCGCGGCGCCGGCGGCAGCGGCAGAAACAGACCGAUCCCCCACCUCCCAUACCGCAUCCCGGAUCCAGAUCCCAUGGCCCCGCUAGGCGGCGGACGAUCCACGAACCCGGGGUCCGUGAAGCACAUCCGCGAUAAGUUUGUCCGGUGGACGGCGCGUCCGGGCGGGGAGUACGACGCCCGCUGGAAGGGCGCCUGUAUCCCGACGGGCGAGCACGUCUCGAAGAUGCUGGAGUGGUAUACCCAAAGUGACGUCUACGAGUUCCCCUUCAUCGGCAUCGUCACGCGGAUGAGCUGCGGCGCGACAAACGCGUUCUACUUUGUCGAGUUUGAGCCCACUUCCAGGCCCGUCGGCCAGGGUAAGUCGCCGCCGCUCCCGCGACAGGUCAUCCUCAAGCUCAGCCUGCCCGUGUGCCCCCACGAGAAGCUCGAAGCCGAGGUUGCGGCGAUGGUGUUUGCUAGGCAAGUAUCCCCGGCCGUGGUUCCUCAGAUCCUCGUGUUUGACUCCAUCGGUAGGAACCCGCUCGGGUUGGAGUGGAUGAUUAUGGAGGUGCGUACCGGGUUCCCUUUGCUCAGUGCCUUCGAGGAGAACUACAUCCUCGCGGCGCACGACCUAAACAUGGCUAAGCAGGAUACCGGGUUGGAAGGGUUCGGGGACAUAUCGCCCGAGACGAUGCCGUCCCUGAGCGACGAGGACACGAAGGCCAUUGCGAGGGAAGUGCAGCUGGUUCUUUCGAAGUUGCAGAGCUCUCUACCGACCAUCCCCAAGAACCAGGUGAGCAUUGGGAGUCUUCGCAUCGAUUGGUCAAAAAAAGAGUUCUUCACCGGACCGAUAGUCCACCCUCACUUCUACAGCCGUGACAGAUACUGGCAAGUGCGGAACAACGGGCCUUUCAGAUACAUCGAAGAUUACAUUGAUGCCUACACUUCGGUCUGGGAGCCCGAAUUCAGAAGCCAUCCCGAAAUCAAAGUUCAGUGUCCCCAAUCCGAUUCAAGUCGAAAGUACUGGUGGCAGCGUGGAUGGCUGGCCUGUAACAUUCUCUUCAACGGAAACCGGAAAUUGGCAAGCAUCAUGGGUUGGGAGGAUGCGGUCUUGAUACCAGCGCCGCUGCGAAACCUGCCCGUGGCAUUGGAUUGGGCGAUGCAACUCCACGGAGUGACUGAUGCCAUUGAUCCCAUGCAGGAAUGGGCGAAGAGACAUGUCUCCGAAUCACUAGAACCCGUGAUGAAUUUUCAAGGAGGGGUCGAUGCCUCUUUCCAAGCAUUGAAGAUAGCCUGCGAGGAGAUGAUGCGGCAGAGAAGUAUAGAUUGGAUUGAGCGUGUCCAUUCCCAGCUCGUUGGCCAGUCUCAUAGGGAAAGAGGUUCUAUCAGACCGACAUGCAAAGUGAUGCGGAGCAAGGGUGUAGAUAGCCUCACACUGUGUGAGAAAUACUGCGCCACAUCAGUGUAG